AUGCACCAAACCACACUACCAUAUCACACUACACCACAUUGUACCACACCACACCACAACACCACAUCACUCUGUACCACACUAUAUCACGCAACACCACACCACUCUCCACCACACUUAUCUACACCACACUGCCUCACACCACUCCAUGCCCUUCCACAACACACCACACCACAAUGCACCACACCACACAACACUGCUUCACUCUGCACCACACAACACUGUAUCACACCACGCCAUACCACACUGCAUCACAGCACACCACAAUGCACCACACUGCACCACACCACACCACACUGCAUCACACCACACCACAUUCCAUCACACUACACCAUCCCACACCACACCAAAUCACACUUUACCACACCACACUGCACUGCAGCACACUACACUUCACCAAGACACCACACCAGACCACACCACACCACACCACACCACGCAACACCACACCACACCACACUGUGUCACGCCACAUCACAUCACACUACAGUACACCACGCCUCACCACAUCACACCACACCACACCACACUGCACAACAUCACACAACACCACAAUCCAGUCACCCAGCAGCAGUGUACAGGAUAACACAAGCCAACAAGUGCAUCACACACCACACUACACUGCACACCACACACCAGCCAGUCACCCAGCAGCAACACUGUUUGGGAUUACACAGGCCAACAAGCACAUCACACUGCACACCACACACCAGCCAGUCACCCAGCAGCAGUGUACAGGAUAACACAAGCCAACAAGUGCAUCACACACCACACUACACUGCACACCACACACCAGCCAGUCACCCAGCAGCAACACUGUUUGGGAUUACACAGGCCAACAAGCACAUCACACACCACAUCAACAGCCACCAAUAG